AUGUCGUCGGUACAGGUGCCGCCACGGAAGCGCCGCAAGACGCAGCUCGCUUGUAAUCCGUGCCGCGCCCGUAAGUCCGGCUGCGACGGCAUGCGUCCGGUGUGUACUUCGUGCAGGACUAAGGGAUGGGUGCAGCAGUGCGCGUAUCAGGAGUCGGUGUUGCGUGCGUCGUCGCGGCCGACCAUAUCGGAACUUCAGCGGAGAUUGGAGAGGCUUGAGGGGUCGCCUGUGCCUUCGAGUUCCAUUCACACGGCUGCAGUAGGGAACGGAGAUGGUCCAACGAGAAAAGUCUCGAAUCCGAGGCUAGCUGAGCAUGUCUCCGAAAUUAGUCGCCAUCAAAACAGUGAAGUCUCGCAUAACGACGAUGAGACGGUUUAUGGCCCCUCUUCUAAUAUUUCAUUCCUUCGCCAAGUGACGCUCGCGGCUGAUCCUCAGAGCCAGAGCCCGGAUGCUCCUGGUGAGGCGACCGAUACCGCGCCGACGGUGCUUGGCUUCUCUACUACGCAACCUAAAGGCCCGGAUCCUCUGCCUGAGCCCGUGAUGCUGCCUGAAAGGUGGCUGGCCGAUAGCCUGGUCGAGGCUUUCUGGGAGUUCGUUCACCCCGUCUUUCCGAUCCUUCAUCGCCCGUCAUUCAUUGCAUCAUAUGAAGCUUUGUGGCAACCUACAAGAGGCAACGGCCACAAGCGAGACUUUAAGGAUGUGGUGUUCCAUUCGACCUUGAGCAUUGUGCUUGCUCUGGGCUCUCAACGCACCGACCGAGUCUCAGUUGCAGAGCAAGCUGAUCUGGCAGACAAGUUUUACAAGCAAUCUGUAAAGUUAGUUUCAGUUGAUACACUUGACCAUUCCUCGCUUCACGUCGUUCAGCUCUUUCUGCUCAGGGGCGUUUAUCUUCACUACACAUCAUACGCAGACCGGUGUUGGAAUACUGUUGGCGUAGCUUUACGGAUUGCACAGGGUCUUGGGUUGCAUCACGAGGGAGACAGGUCUAUCGCGACAAACCAACUUCGUCGGGAAAUGAGACGGCGCGUGUGGCAUUGUUGUCUGACUUUGGAUCGAUUAACGGCAACGACCUUUGGACGACCGGUUCUCCUCUCUCGCCAGUACUCUGUACCGCCCCCAGCAAUUAUCGAUGACGAAUUCCUUUCAGAAACAAGCGAAGGGGCUCAGCCUCCGAGCCAUCCGUCGUAUCUGGUGUUCUUCGUUCAUUCGUUAGAGCUUUUCGACGUGUUGAAAGAAAUCCUCGGCAAAUUCUAUGGGGAUGGCGACUAUGCUCUGGAACAACGAGCUCAGUCUCUUAACGAUGUUCUCCAGUUAUCUUCGAAACUGGACGACCUGAGCGAUCUUGUUCCCGCUUAUUUGAAAGAAAACGCCAGUCUAAAUGGAUAUAAAGAAGAAAUACGAGGAUGCUUGCAGAUGCAGGCAAAUAUCCUCAAGUCCAGAGUCCUGUGGAUCCGCCUCCUGCUAUUACGUCCUCUGCUCCUCGCGGAGGCCAAAAAGGCCAGUCGAUCACGACUAGCUUUACCUGGCUCAUCUACCCUACGAGAGAGCUUUGGGCACGCAGUCAACACCCUCUGUGUUGCCACAGCCCAUGCUGUCCUCCAAGAAAUGUAUGAGAAGCUAGGGAGUGUUCGCCAAAACUCAGCUUGGCAUGUCCUGUUGUGUAAGAUCACAACCCCAGGGAUAGCAGUGGUCAAGACUCACGGUUCUUAUAGUCACAUUUGCGGCAGCAUCUACCCUGGUUGUUGCUACAUUGUGUCCUGGUCUUCAAGUAAGCUUUCACACCGAGCCAACAAAGACAUCUUGGGAUCAUGCAUUGCGCAUCUUUGA